CGCCUCCCGGGAUUAAAGCGGGGACUCCGGGCAGAGGAAGACGCGAGUUCCGCAGGAGGCCGAGGAGGCGGAGGAAGAGGAGGAAGGGGAGGACGAGCCAGGGGCGGAGAGCGCCGGGCGGGGAGCCCCGCAGGUCGUCUUGAACGUUCCGGAUCUCUACCAUUACCUGAUGCUGCUGAUAAACUCAGGAUGGCUUUAAACUCAGGGCCCCCGCCAGGUGUCGGACCUUUCUACGAAAACCAUGGAUACCAGCCUGAAGGCCUGUACCCCCCGCGGCCCGCCGUGGUCCCCGGGGCCUACUCGGUGUAUCCGGCUCCCUACUACCCGCCCGCGGUGCCCCAGUACGCGCCGAGGGUGCUGACGCACACUUCCACGCCCAGCAGCCACACGCAGCCCAAGUCCCCGUCGGGGACAGCGUGCACCUCAAAGGCGAAGAAAGUGGUCUGUAUCACCUUCACCCUGGGGGCCGUCCUGGCGGGAGCCGUGCUGGCCGCUGUCCUGCUCUGGAAGUUCAUGGAGAACAAAUGCUUGGUGUCCGGGAUCGAGUGUGGGUCCUCGGGAACCUGCGUCAGCCCCUCUCACUGGUGUGACGGGGUCCUGCACUGCCCCAGCGGGGAGGACGAGAACCGAUGCGUGCGCCUCUACGGACCGAACUUCAUCCUCCAGGUGUAUUCGUCCCAGAGGAAGUCGUGGCACCCCGUGUGUCAGGAUGACUGGAGCGAGGGCUACGGAAGGGCCGCGUGCCAGGACAUGGGCUACCGGAAUAGUUUCUAUUCUAGCCACGGAGUAGCGGAUGACAGUGGGGCCACCAGCUUUAUGAGGGUGAACACAAGUGCUAACCAUGUGGAUCUCUAUAAGAAACUGUACCACAGUGAUGUCUGUUCAUCAAAAACGGUGGUUUCUUUACGCUGUAUAGAGUGCGGGGUCACCGCGAAGAUGGGCCGCCAGAGCCGCAUCGUGGGCGGGACCAGCGCCUCCCCGGGGGACUGGCCGUGGCAGGCCAGUCUGCACGUCCAGGGCGUCCACGUCUGCGGAGGCUCCAUCAUCAGCCCCGAGUGGAUCGUGACGGCUGCCCACUGUGUGGAGGAACCAUUGAACAACCCACGGCACUGGACGGCCUUCGUGGGAAUUUUGAGGCAAUCUUUCAUGUUCUACGGACACGGGUACCGAGUGGGAAAAGUGAUCUCCCACCCGAACUAUGAUUCCAAGACCAAGAACAAUGACAUCGCCCUUAUGAAGUUGCAGACGCCUCUGACUUUUGAUGACAAAGUGAAGCCGGUGUGCCUGCCCAACCCAGGCUUGAUGCUCGAGCCGGAACAGCCGUGUUGGAUUUCCGGGUGGGGGGCCACCCACGAGAAAGGGAAAACCUCGGACGAGCUGAACGCCGUCAUGGUGCCCCUCAUCGAGCCCUGGCGUUGCAACAGCAAGUACGUCUACAACAACCUGGUCACGCCGGCCAUGAUCUGCGCGGGCUACCUGCAGGGGACCAUCGACUCCUGCCAGGGUGACAGUGGAGGCCCCCUGGUCACUAUGAAGAGUCACAUCUGGUGGCUUAUUGGGGACACGAGCUGGGGAUCAGGCUGUGCCAAAGCCAACAGACCAGGCGUGUAUGGAAAUGUGACCGUAUUUACGGACUGGAUUUAUCGACAAAUGAGGGCAAACGGCUAAGCCGCGUGGCCUUUGUCCUCGACACCGUUCCACAAGAAAAUGAAGGGGCUGAUUUUUAACUCCCCGUGCGUGAUGUGCUGUAUUUUUAGAAAUGAUUCGAAGGUCCUUUCGUUGUUAUUAAAUAGUGUAUUUGUCUGUCUUCGGCACUGUCCACAGUUCUGUGCAGGCCACAGGCCCACGCUCCUGGACCCUUGGUCUGCAAGGCGUGACCAGGCCCAGCGGGGUGUGGGUGCCCAGGGCCACCACAGGGCAGAGGGAUAGAGGCCGGCCGGUGGGGUCUUCCUUCUAAGCCCACUCGGGGGGCUGAUGCAUCUUUUGGAUGCGCCUGGGGCUGGUGACUUCUCAGCUGCUGGACGGCUUGAGACAGAAAGGGAAGAAAGCCGGGUGGGACUUUCAGGGUCAGCCUGCUGGGGUCAUUGCUAGGGAGGGCCAGUCUCCCCCCACCCCCUCGGGGGUUUUCGCUGAUCAUUUUUUAGUGCCUUCUUAGCAGCCCUGGAUGGUGGCUGAAAAUAAAGGGACCAGCCCUUCAUGGGUCAAGAUGUAAAGGCAGCAAGAACCUUCUCUCCCGCUCAACAGGGUGAGUGUAGACAGACCCCUCGGGGCAAGGGAAGUCCUUGCAAACGCAGACGCCACUGUAUGUGGGGCUGGGCGCCCCGGGGAGAGCCAGCCCCACUCCCUCACCCUCUUCCCUUCAGAUUGUGGGGUGCGGCGGAGUGGGGUGCUGUGCUGACCCUCUUGGGGCCUGCUGAUUACAUGGAAAUUGAGGUCACCCCCUGGGAGGGGGGGCGGGAAUCAGGGAUGUGUGAUUAAAGAUACACUGUUUCCACGUAAAGUUCCUACGUGUUACUACCUCAGUGCUCCGGGAGUCUUGGCUGUGAUGUCUCUAAGUAGUUGCUACAUUGGCUCUUUGACACUCUUGGCCUUGCCAAGUGGGCCGCGCGGGGGACUUGUGCUUUCCAAAGUGUUCUGUGCCGGGGGUGUGGCUUGUGCUGGCCACAGAGAGGAGAACCUGCGGCCCCUUCCAGCCCCUCAAGCUUCCCCGGGAGGGAAGGGCCGGGGUUGAAUUGCCAAGUGUGGAGCCUAAUUGCCUCUGCGCUGAGUCCUGCUUUUGGGGGGGGGGGGGGUGCUGCCUCCUCUCAAGCGCACUGGUUUCCAAGAAGGAAAUGAACGAUCCCACCGCCUAGGGCUUAACCUUGAAGCGGGAGGCGGUGGCGGCCCCACUCCCCGGAUGGAUGCUGCCGUUCCGCGUGACCCGCCACACCGCGAGGUGCCCGCUCCCCGAGCCGGAUCUUAAAAUGCAUUGUCGUGGCGAGAACGUGUUGCGUCCCUGGCUUCUUUUUAUGUGACGCCUGUUUGUCCUCUGUUUUGUACCUUUUUUAAACUGUAAAAUUCAAUUGUGAAAUACUGUACAAAUAAAUUAUACAUUUGUUUUCCAAGGA